UCCCCACACAAGCAGUACUACCUUCUCAAGUUUCUAGUAAUUGAAGGUCUUCAAAAUUUGUUUUCUGCAUAAUGGCACCUUCCACCAAGUUCGUCUUAGCUUUCCUUUUUGUCUCCUUGUUCUCCAACAUUAAUAUUAGAAUGGCAUCUGGCAUCGACUCCAAUGCUGCUGGUGGUAUGGAUGGUGGUGCUGGUGGUAGUGCUCAAGUUGGAAAUGAACCUGGUUCUAAUGGCGGUGUUGGCGGUCAAGGCGGUGUUCGCGUUCCAGUUGGUGGACCUCCAUUUCCGUUGCCUCGUAAAGUUGGUGGCAGUGGCUGUACUGGUGGUCAAUUAGGUGCGUACCAUCUUAAAAAUACUGCUGGCGAAGUUCAAGAUGUUACCAUUACAGGCGGUGCCGGUGGUCAAGGUGGUGUGUCUCCAUCUGGAAUUCCUAGUGAAGGUGGUGCCAUUGGCGGUACUUGUGCUCAAGAUGGUGAAGGUGUCGGUGCUAAUGGCGGUGCUAAUGGCGAUGCUAAUGGCGAUGCUAAUGGCGGUGCUAAUGGCGGUCCUAAUGGGAUUGGUUCUGUUCCUUGAAAUCUCACAAUCUCAACUACUUUUACAUUAUAAAAUGUGAAGAAACUUUAGGAAAAGGAACAUCCUUAUGUCAGUGUCCCAAAUAAAUAAAACAAUAAAUAAUUGUCCUGGCACAGU